AUGUCUCCGACGUCGUCGUCCGCUCCGAGCUGCAACUACGCGACCGACGAGACUCGCCACGGCAUCCACGCGCUGAAACGCGCUGCACUGCUGGCUGACUUGACCAAGUGGUGGGAGGAUCGCGACGUUGCCCGUGAAGAAGAGAAACGGCCGUUGGUGCCAGCGACGCGAGAGCACCGCAGUACACGAGUGACCCAAGCGACGCGUCAAGAUGCAGCUGCUACUACUGGUGGUGGGGCGUUAACACGUCUCGGCUUUGUGAGUGGCAAAACGCUGCUCCGGGUGCUGGAGAUUGCAGUCGUGAUGGUCAUCGUGGCGGUCGAGCUGAAGGCAUUGGCCACCAGAUCUGCAAACGAUGAAGCGCACGACGUACCCACGUUCUCACUGCACCAUUCGAGUGGCAAACUCCUGAGCGGUGGCCAUCGUCUCCGCUCGUUCCUUCGCCACAUGAAAAGCCAACCAGUCGUGCCGAGCGAAGGCGCUACGAAGACGAAUCAACCUCUGGGAGUAGAUGUCGAGUUGGAACGGGCUAUGGACAUCUACUGUCGUGGCCCGUUGCUGCAUGCCGUCCAGAUGGCCAAUGUCUUCUCGGACAGUAAGUACUUUGUCGAUAUGCCGAUCAAAGACAACAGCAGUGCGUUUGACAUCUUGGUCGAUUUCCAGCAUCGUGAAUUGGCCAUGACCGAGUACCGAUCGAAUAUCCAGGACACGCACAAGCAACAAUUGCGGCGGUUUCUGGACGACCACUUUGACCCGCCAGGAACGGAUCUGUUGCCGAUCACCCCUUUCGACUACCAGGGGCAGUUCUACCCGCCUAUGGUGGCCGACAUUCGAGACGAAGAACUUCGAGAUUGGGCCUUUGACUUGCACCGCAUUUGGCAGAGUCUUGGACGAAUUCGCAAUCCACACGUGAAAGGUUCGCUGCUUCCUUCUCGAAAGCUAGACGAGCCAAGUUCGAGCCGGCAUGACAAUGUGCUGAUUGUGCCCGGCGGACGCUUUCGUGAAAGCUACUAUUGGGAUUCGUACUGGAUUGUACAAGGACUUUUGGUCAGCGACAUGCCCGUGACGGCACGCGGUAUUGUAAACCACCUGUUGGAGUACGUGUCCCAGUUCGGCUUCGUGCCAAAUGGAGGGAGAGUUUAUUACCUGACGCGGUCCCAGCCGCCUAUGCUCUCAGAUAUGGUGAAAUUGGUUGCUGGUCUUCCUGCAAAUGGAACGGACAUUGAGUACGAUGACGAGUACCUUCGUGCGGCGUUGCCAAUCCUCGAGCGUGAGUACGACUUUUGGAUGCAACAUGGGCCUUCUGGGCAUGCAGUUGAGUUUACCCGACGGGAUGCUACCGAUGGGGUAACGGGCGACGUUACAUACGUUUUGAAUCGCUACACGUCGAGUGCCAAUCACCCGCGACCUGAAUCGUAUCGGGAAGAUGUUCUGGUUGCUUCCGAGAUAUUCGACCGUACCAUUCAUAUGGACGAUGGAAACGCUGCAGCUACGGAGCGGCACAAAGACGAGUAUUACAAUAAUGUGAUUGCUGCUGCCGAGAGCGGGUGGGACUUCAGCAGCCGCUGGUUGCGGGACCCCUUCGAUAUGAAGUCGAUGGUCACCUCUUCCGUCGUUCCUGUCGACUUGAAUUCAAUCAUGUACCGCGUAGAGCGCAAUCUCAUGGAAUUCAACCAGUACCUUGGCAACGAGAAGCGGGCACAAUUUUUCGAUCGGGCUGCUGCUCGCCGACUCCGGGCCAUUGACGCAAUUCUGUGGAGCGAGAAGCACCAGAGUUGGAAAGAUUACGACUUGGAGACGGACACUCAUUCGGUCAUCGUCUCUGUGUCCGACUACACGCCGCUUUGGGCAAAGGCGUUCAAUGCCACCAAUAUCGACCGUCUAAAAACCGUUGUCUCCUCCCUCAAGAACUCGGGACUGCUUCAGGUUGGUGGCAUACAAACCACGACCACGUUCUCGGGUCAGCAGUGGGACAUGCCCAACGCAUGGCCACCGGAGCAGGAUAUCGUCGUAGAAGGCUUAUUGGCAAUCAACACCACAGAAUCGCACAACUUGGCUCGCGAGUUGACACGAACGUGGACGCAGACGAGUCUGACGGCUUGGAAGCAGACGGGUUUGAUGUUUGAAAAGUACAACGCGUCUGAAGUUGGCGGCUUGGGUGCAGGCGGAGAAUACUUUCCGCAGUUUGGCUUUGGUUGGACAAACGGAGUGAUUUUGAAGUUCCUCACGAUCCAUCAGAAUCUUUUGCAUGCAGACUAA